UGUACACAACACAGUUAAGUUUAAUAAAAACGUAAUUUACAAAACAGGCAGUGGAGUUAUCACAUAUGUGUUACAAUAUAUAUUACGAUUUUUAAAAUGAUCCUAUCACAGUCAAAAUGUUUUAUGUUCAGCAUUUUGUUUACGUCUUGUUUGUGUAUAAGUGAUAUGACUGAGAACUCUUUUGGCAAAUUUAAAGAAGGGAUUAUAGGUGCAUUUGGAGAUUUCAACUCAGAUGAACUGACGGAUGCCUUUGUUAUUAAGAAUGGUUCUAGUGUGGAAGUUUAUCUAGCGCAUGACAAAGAACCCUUUUUAAGGCCUUCGAUAUUCUCAUGCAAUUUCAGCAACAUUUUUGUGACAAGUGUAGUGCCUGGAGAUUACGAUGGUGACGCCUAUAUGGACAUUCUAUUGACCACACAGACUGUGAACACUAACAAAUCCGAAGUUCAUGAAGUGCGGAUUAUAUGGGGUGGUUUGGCAAACCUAAAUUGUUCAGAUGCUCUUUUAGUAAAAGCCGUAACAGUUGGACAGCCUCUAGUGAUGGACUACAACCGUGAUAUGACCCUAGACCUUUUUGGGCUUAACACUCAGAACCAAAGAGUUUUUUGGGUAUUUGAUAAGACAAGGACUACACCAAAAGAAAUCCCAAUGGGAGAUACUUUAUUCAAACCCAUAAAACUGCCUCACUCACAUUCUUUUCUUGAUGUCAAUGAUGACGAUGCGGCCGACCUCUUAGUGACUACUAAGUUGGAUGUUGAGUUAUGGCUGAGUAAAGAAAAUGAUGGCUUCAGAUUCAACAACAGCAUUGAACUGCUUGUUGGACACCCAACAAUUUAUGGUCAAACACUGUUUCUGGAUGUAGCACUAUCUGGAGAAUUCUUUUUAGUUAUACCUGUAUGCUACGACACACAGUGUAUCAAUAGUACCAUCUUGAUUUAUGACAAUCACCAGUGGCAUGAUCUUCACGUAGACUUCAAUGAUGGCAAAGGGACAGUGUGGCGGUUUGUGCCUCCUCGAAAUGAAUUGUACUUGGAUGUAAUAACAAUGAGAAGUGGAGACUAUAACAUGGAUGGGUAUCCUGAUAUUCUCAUGACUCUCAGUCCAGUAAAUAGUAAUGAAACAAGAUCAUUCCUUCUUCACAAUGUUGCCUGCACAUAUGCUGAAUGUAAAUUCUACCGAACAUUUCAAGUUCAAUGGGAUAUCUUUAAUACCUUUGGGAAUAAUAUUGUUAUGGCUACAUUUUAUGACUUUUAUAUGGAUGGUGUACUAGAUAUAAUUUAUGUAAAGAAAAAUUCUACAACUCAAAAGUACACAAUGCAUGCAUAUAGAAAUGAAUUAGAAUAUGAUACCAAUUUCAUAAAAGUCAUUGUUGUAACUGGAUUGACUAAUAAAAAAGUGCCUGUCAUAAAUGGUACUCUGUAUAAUAGAAAAUUAACAUUUGGAACAAACUUGCCUGGCCCCAAGAUAAGCUACAACACAUGGUCACAAGAAGGAACCUAUAGGACAGGGGCUUGUGCUCAGUUGUCUCAGUCUGCAUACAAUGCGCUGCAGCUUCCAUAUUCUAUAUUUGGGCUUGAUAGGACUCCUAACUUUGUAGACACUUUAAAUGUAGGUCUCUCAGGAUUUUCCAAAAGUUGGACUCAAAUAAUACCCAAUUCUCAAAUAGUGGUGAUUCCUGCUCCUCCAAAUGAUCCGUCACAGUGGAGAGCUCAGUUGUUUGUAACUCCAAGUAAACUAAUUUUAAAGAGUGUGUUUGUUCUGACUGCUAUUAUUGUAACUAUAAUAGGUUGUGUAUUAUAUUUACAUUGGAAAGAAAGAAAUGAUCGUGAUGAUAUCAUUGAAAUUGAUGAUAACACCUAUGCAAAAAUUUAAGACAAGGAAUACCCAUAUACUAGUUAUGAAUGUAUUAUUCCAUUAUUUAUUAUGUAAAUACUUGCGGAUACCUGUUAACUUUUACAGGAAUGCAUCAUUUAAUAUUUUACAGAACACAGUGUUUGUAAUAGAUUAAUAUUAUAUAGUUUAUUAAAAAACACAAUCCACCUAAUGAGAGUACUAUAGGCGAAUGAUACCCUUUUAAAGAAUUGUUAUUAACUGUAAUACACAUACAUAUUUACAGACUGCUUAUCAAAGAAAACCUUUCAUUUGUUUUCAAAGUAUUCAAGUAAGGAAAACAUAUGGGUAUUCAAAUGUGUUCCUUAUAGUGUAUAUAUACUUAAUAUACUUAUGUAUGUAGUGUUUAUAUACUUAUGUAUGUUGUACUGUAUAUUUGAAAUAAUUUGAGUGUUACCUGUAUAGUUAGCAACAGAAGAGAGUUCAUGGUUUUUGCUAGAUGACGGUGUACUUCAACA